AUGCACACACUAACUUAUUACACAAACUACAGCACGCUGUCUGUGAAAUUUGUGCAGACGGUGGUACCGGGCCCUCGGGCUGAGGCGGCCCCGUGUCCCCCAGUGGAGCCCGAGCUGAAGCUCAUCGGCAACAUCCACGGCAACGAGGUGGCGGGCCGGGAGAUGCUCAUAUACCUGGCGCAGUACCUGUGCUCCGAGUACCUGCUGGGCAGCGCCCGCGGUGCCGGCUACAACGGGUGGACAAGCGGAAGGCAGAACGCGCAGAACUUGGACCUGAACCGCAACUUCCCUGACCUGACCUCCGAGUUCUACCGCCUCGCCUCGACCCGCGGCACGCGCACCGACCACAUCGCCAUCCCCCAGCACUACUGGUGGGGUAAGGUAGGAGCCACCAGGCCCCGCCCAUUCCCCUGUCUUACCUGGGUAGCAGGUGUCAUUGUGGAGGCCCCUCCAUCUUCCGGCUCGGGGGUGUCCUCCAGAGCACCCGCCUCUGGUCUGGGCCUCGGGGAACCUCUUUUCGGGUCUCCUUUCCAGAUGUUCAAGUUGCUGGCCAGAGCCUACGCGGAUGUCCACCCCAUGAUGAUGGACAAGUCAGAGAACAGGUGUGGGGGCAACUUCCUGAAGAGGGGCAGCAUCAUCAACGGGGCGGACUGGUACAGCUUCACGGGAGGCAUGUCCGACUUCAACUACCUGCACAGCAACUGCUUUGAGAUCACGGUGGAGCUGGGCUGCGUGAAGUUCCCCCCAGAGGAGGCGCUGUACGGGCUCUGGCAGCACAACAAGGAGAGGCUGCUGCGCUUCAUGGAGAUGGUGCACCGGGGCAUCAAAGGGGUGGUGAUGGACAAGUUUGGCAAGCCGGUCAAGAACGCCCGCAUUUCGGUCAAGGGGAUUCGCCACGACAUCACCACAGCCCCGGAUGGCGACUACUGGAGGCUGCUGCCCCCGGGGACCCACAUCGUCAUCGCUCAGGCCCCCGGCUACUCCAAGGUCAUCAAGAGAGUCACCAUCCCCGCCCGGCUGAGGAGGGCGGGCCGCGUGGACUUCAUCCUCCAGCCCCUGGGAACUGGACACAAGAAAUUCCUUCAGGGGCCUCGGCGAAGCGGGCCAGGGCUCCGAGACCCGCCAGGAGCAACCCCAGUUGGCAGCCCCAGCACCCCCUGGGCUCCCAGCACGGCCCUGCCCCCAGGCUCCCGGAUCGAGGGAGGCCGGAGGCGGGCAGGGCUGGACCGUGGACCCCCUGUCCGGCUGUCCGAAUCCAACCGCUGCAACCUCGGGGCUACACCUCGCAGCAAACCCCCGGAUGCGGUUCUUCGAGACACUGAACAAACAAACCUUUACCGAGACCGAGGAAGAGGAAAGAAGCACGAGGUGAUGGGAGAGGGACACGGCGCGUCCCAGCCAAGCUCCACAGGACGGAACGACAGGACGCGAGGAUGA